AUGGCUUCUGUAUCAGUUAAAAACAGAUCCAAAAUAAAAACUACAAUACUCAUUGCAUCUGAUGUAGCUUCAUGGUUGUGUGCUAUUAGCCUUAUGGCACUUGUAUUAAUGAGUUCUGUUAAGGAAAACAACGCUGGGAAUUGGGAAAAUUCUGUCGUCAGAGGAAAGCAGCUGCACCUGUCUCAUAAUCGACCAUGCGAUGAAAUAUAUGUAGUUGGAGAAGGAGAAACAUUACAUACAAUCAGUGACAAGUGUGGUGAUCCUUAUAUUGUUGAAAGGAAUCCACAUAUUCAUGAUCCUGAUGAUGUUUUUCCUGGUCUUGUUAUCAAGGUUGUUCCUUCCAACCACAACAAGUCAUUGAGAUAG